UCCGGUCUGUGCUGCAAGGAGCCACUGAUAUCAACCCGUCGCUUCCGGUAAAGGCUCCUUUUCGGCAGCGACUAUUUCCUCGCCACCAUGCCACUCGCAAAGGACUUGUUGCACCCGUCCCCUGAGGAGGAGAAGAGAAGGCAUAAGAAGAAGCGUCUUGUACAGAGUCCUAACUCUUACUUCAUGGAUGUGAAAUGUCCAGGAUGCUACAAGAUCACGACAGUGUUCAGCCACGCUCAGACAGUCGUGCUGUGUGUUGGCUGUUCAACGGUCCUGUGUCAGCCCACUGGAGGCAAAGCACGCCUCACAGAGGGGUGCUCCUUCAGGAGGAAGCAGCACUAGCCGCUCUCCCGGAGCUGAAGGGGAGAGGAGGGAUGGACCGGUGGAUAUCAGCGCCGUGUGGACCCAGUGGUCUGAUCUGAACGAGACCUGCAGACCAACGAGACGGCAGAAGGGUUUCCACUGUUCCCGUUCACAGAUCGGUCGUUGCUGUAACUCCACCCUCCAACCCUGUCUCUCUAAUAAAAUGUUUUUUUGGCUAAAGAAA